CUCAGUAGGCUGAUGCGCGACUUUUUCCAGGGACGUACCACUUUCCUACUGAUCCGUAUUCCCUAUUUCCGCGACGUUAUUCUCGAGGCUUUCGAAUGCGAACACUGCCAUUUCAAGAACAACUCGAUCAAGUCCGCCUCCCAGAUCCAAGAGAAGGGAUCUAUCUACCAUCUCGAGGUUGAGAAUGAGACCGACUUGCAGCGCCAGGUGGUCCGCAGUGACGUCUCCGUCUUCAAGCUCGAGUCCCUGGGUAUCGAGAUGCCCAAGGGCGAGGGCCAAUUGACCACCGUUGAAGGCGUCAUCCGCAAGAUCUACGACAACUUGUCCGGCGAGCAGGACCUGCGCAAGGAGCAAGCUCCUGAACUCUACACCGCUCUCGUGCCCAUCAUCGAGAAGCUCGAGAAGAUCCUCGAAGGCCAAGGCUUCCCCUUCACUAUUUCCCUCGAUGACCCCAGCGGUAACUCCUGGAUCGCCCCGACUACCCAAGAUUCCGCUCACAAGUACCGUCGCCGGGACUACCUGCGCACCCACGAGCAGAACGAGGAGCUCGGUAUCAGUGGUGACCCCAAUGCUGUGCAGCACCAGGGCACGGGUGAGGAAGACGAGGAGAUCGUUGACGGCAAGGAAUAUUCUAUCCCCGCCGAGUGCCCCGCCUGUCUGAAGUCUUGCGAGGUCAAUCUUCGCAAGGUCAACAUCCCUUACUUCCGCGAGGUCCUUCUCUGGGCCACCGUUUGCGAGCACUGCGGAUACAAGUCCAGCGACGUGAAGACCGGAGGAGAGGUGCCCGAGAAGGGCAAGCGUAUCACCCUUCGCGUCGAGAACGAGGUUGACCUCGCUCGUGACAUCCUCAAGAGCGACACCUGCGCCCUUUACAGCGAAGAGCUUGAGGUUCGCGUCGAGCCCGGCACUCUCGGCGGUCGGUUCACCACCGUCGAAGGUCUUCUGACCGAGAUCCGCGACCAGCUGCACGGCCAGAUCUUCGAUUUCGCUGACACCAGCGCCGGUGACAGUAUGGCCACCGACGACAAGGCCAAGUGGGAGCGCUUCUUCAAGCGUCUCGACGCCGCCAUCGCCGGCGAGUUGAAGUUCGUCAUCACCCUGGAGGAUCCCAUGGCUAGCAGCUACGUCCAAGACCUGUGCGCCCCGGCCAAGGACGAGCAGAUCACCACCGAGGAUUACACUCGCACGGACGAGGAGGAGGAAGAGCUCGGACUGAAGGACAUGAAGACCGAAGGCUACGAGGCUGAUGCGGAGCAGAAGGAGGAGCAGGAGGAGAAGCCCGCUGAGCAGCAGUGAUGAACGGACUCGAUACCCUUAGACUUUUUUUUUCUUACCU